AUGGACGCGCUUGCAGGAUACGGCUCGGAUGAUAGCGAUGCCGCUGAGCACUCGGCUCCCAAGAUUGUCCACACGCGAGCAACAACCACAACCUCCGAGACGCUAGACUAUGAUCCAUCCGACGCUUUUGGGCUGGAAAGCCUCAAAUCCCAGUCAUCUGCAUCGUCACAGACUGUACAUAAUCGACAAGCUGACUCGUCUUCCAGCACAGGUCGAGCUUCGAAGAAAGAUAGGCGAGGCGAGGCGACUGCAACCGCGCCAGUUUCCAGCUCAACUCUGACCUCAUCAAGCUCUUCACAUGCAUCCGUAUCGGCCUCUGAUGCGGUUACACUUGCUCCAAAAGUGAUCUACAACUCUUCUGCUUCCGAAGCGCUUCUCAUUCGACCAGGUGAUAGUACGAUGCAUGUCAACAUUCCCUACGCCGACAUGACAGCACCUCAACUCGGGCCGGAAAAUCCUUUCGCCACUCGCACCGCCGGAGCACAGCAGAACACACUCACCGGCCAUGUCGAGUCAGCUGCGGUCUCUGACUUUGAUUUUCGCAACCAGCAGCGUACGUUCCACGUGUACGGAUACGCAAGAGAUCCUUCGCUUCUGCACAGUGCAUCGGGCGAGGGCUCAUUGCACUACAUCGGCGAUCAGAGUGCAGCAGCACGCAUGGGAGGCGCUUCCGCCGCCGAAAUUCGUGCACACAGCGCCAGCUUUCGACCUGCAACCAAGUCGGUCAAGAAGAAGCGGAAUGGAAGCGCGGGCGACCCGGGUGUGUUGGACGGGGAUGGAGCAUAUGUGGGUCCGUGGGCAAAAUGGCAAGACGAUGAGAAUGUGGCGACGCAAUUGCUGGGUGGGGAUGCGAGCGUUGGGCCGACGCAGUCAGAGCUGAGCGCUGCUCAAGCAAAGUCUGAUGCGAGAGAAAGGGAGAAAGCGGAAGCGCAAGUGGCGAGAAAGAAGGCGGCCGAGCAAGCCAAAGAAUCGGUGAUGGAAAAGAGCAUCUUCCACGGCAAAAGCCUGUACGAUUACCAAGGACGUACAUAUAUGCAUGUUCCUACGGAUGUCGACGUCAAUCUGUCGGGCGAGGCAGGCGAGCAAGAGUGUUUCCUGCCCAAGUCGUGUAUCCACACAUUUCGCGGGCAUACCAAGGGGAUCUCGACGCUCAAGCUUCUACCGCGAUCGGGCCAUCUUUUGCUGUCCGCAUCGCUGGAUACCACGGUCAAAUUGUGGGACGUCUACCACGACGGUCAAUGCCUUCGCACGUUUAUGGGGCAUUCGAAAGCGGUACGGGAUAUCGCUUUUUCGAACGACGGUCGACGGUUCCUCUCGUCCGGCUACGACCGACAUGUGAAACUGUGGGAUACCGAGACUGGUGCCUGUCUGGACAGCUUCAGCAACGGUAAGACGGCGUAUUGCCUUACCUUCCAUCCGGACGCUGACAAGCAGCAUAUCUUCCUCGCCGGCAUGAGCGACAAAAAAGUGCUUCAGUGGGAUAUCAACACGCACACAGUCACGCAAGAGUACACUUCACACCUCGGAGCUGUCAACACGAUCACGUUUGUCGAUCAGAACCGUCGCUUCGUCACAACCUCGGACGACAAGACGAUGCGUGGAUGGGAUUACGAUAUUCCGGUGGUGAUCAAGUACAUUGCGGAUCCGACGAUGCACUCGAUGCCUGCAGUGACGCUGUCGCCUUCUGGCAAGUGGCUGGCGGCGCAGAGCAUGGACAACCAGAUAUUGACGUUUGCAUCCGACGGAUUCAAGCAGAACCGCAAAAAGGUGUUCAAAGGUCACAACGUGGCAGGUUUUGGGUGCCAGGUCGGGUUCAGUCCAGACGGCAAGUUUUUGAGCAGCGGCGACGGAGAAGGCAACGUCUGCUUUUGGGAUUGGAAAUCGACGCGCUUGUUAAAGAGGCUCAGAGGCGCUCAUAAAGAGGCGGUGGUGAGUCACGCUUGGUUGCCGCACGAGACGAGCAAGGUGGUGACGGCAAGUUGGGACGGUGAGAUCAAGUUGUGGGAUUGA